UGAAGCUAGAUGGGCCCCCUGGUCUGUCUCCUCCUCCGGCCGUGUUCCCAGCUGCGUCGCUGCCUCUCGUUGCAGGUCGUGGGACUGCGUCGUCCCGCUUGCUAAGAGCUCCCCGGGAUUUCGGUGACGGGCUGAGGCUCGGACACGGGCCGGGAUGGCGCAGGUGCUGCACAUGGAGUCCAGCUUCCCCGGGAAGCCCACCCCGACCUCCCCCGCCACCUUCGGGGCCCAGGAGCCGCCCCUGCCCUACUCGGUGGAGACGCCGUACGGCUACCGCCUCGACCUGGACUUCCUGAAGUACGUGGACGACAUCGAGAAAGGCAACACCAUCCGGCGGGUCCCGGUGCACCGGCGGCCCCGCUACGGCUCCCUGCCCCGCGGCGCCGGCUCCUGGUGGACGUCCACCGAGUCGCUCUGCUCCAACGCCAGCCUGGACAGCCGCCACUCCUCCUACUCCUACUGCGCCCCCGGCUUCUACCCCCAGUGCGGGACGGGCGCCUUCAACGCCCGCGUGGAGAAGACCCUGCUGGACGCCCGCAAGAAGCUGGAGGACCAGGCGGGUGACCGGGCCGGGCCGGGGGGCUUGGGCAGCCUCCACAGCAGCGUCUCGGGCUCCACCAGCUCCCUGGUGGGCGGGCAGCCCCCGGGCAGGCUGAACGGCUCGCAGGCUGGGUUCACCCCGCUGAGCUCAGGGCUGUCCACGCCCGUGUCCCCCAGCCCCGGGCACCUGCAGCACGUGCGGGAGCAGAUGGCCGUGGCGCUGAAGAAGUUGCGGCAGCUGGAGGAGCAGGUGAAGAUCAUCCCGGUGCUGCAGGUGAAGAUCUCGGUGCUCCAGGAGGAGAAGCGGCAGCUCAGCGUCCAAUUGAAAAGCCAGAAGUUCCUGGGCCACCCGGGCGGGUUUGGGAAGGGCAAAGGCAGGGGCGAGCUCUACAUCGAGAUCCCGGAGGAGGAAGGGGGCGGAGGCGGGGCGGGGGUCACCUCGCCGCUGGGAGGGAGCCGGAGGCCGGAUUCGGGGGGCGGCACGGAGGGCUCGGCCCCCCUGAGCCCCCCGCCGGCGGCAGAGCGGAGGUCGGUGGGGGUGGGGACGUCGGAGCCGGGGGACAGGCGGAGCGUGGGGGUGGGGGUGAGCGAGGAGGAGCUGGCGCCGGAGGGGCAGCGCCAGGCCGCGCUGGCCCUGUCGGCCAAGGUGGCCGUGCUGGAGAAGCAGCUGCAGAAGGCUCUCCGGGAGCUCCAGGGGGCCCAGCAGAAGCUGGUGGCGCCGGGCACGGCCGGGCAGGAGGGGGCUGCGGGGCCGCGGCGGGCGGAGGGACGCCCCGGCUGGCAGCAGCAGGAGGUGCCCGUCAAGGCGGACACAGUCAAGGUGGUCCAGGUGCAGCGGGAGCCGGAGAUCGCCGCCAGCAUGGCCACGGGCGUGGCCCACCGGCCGCAGCGGGCGCAGAGCUUGGAGAGCAAGGAGCCCUACGCCAGCCUGCGGGCCCUGACGCUGGGGGAGCCGCCCCAGGCCGUGGUGGUGGAAACGUCCUUCCCCAUCCACGCCGCUGCGCCCCACGCCGCCCCCAUCCACGGCGUCAAGAAGAUCAGCAUCGCAGCCGAACCCGGCGGGGAGGAGACGGGCCUGGGCGGUGGAGCCUCCCCAGCCUCGGCUCAGGGGGGCGUCAGAUCUGGCACGAAGAGGCAGGAGGAGGCCCCGGAGCUGGUGGGCAAGAAAAGUCUCCAGUUUGUGGGCAUCAACGGCGGGUACGAGUCCACCUCCUCGGGCUCCAGCACGGCCGAGAACUCCUCCGACAACGAGAGCACGGAGAGCGAGUACCAUGAGGCCAGCGAGGGGCCCCCUGCGGGGCAGACGGAGACCCCCAGGCCCCCGGCGACGGCCCCCCAGAGAGUCCCUGCGGAGAGCGACACGGCGACGGCAGGGGAACCCCCCAGAGCGGCACCAGGGAGCGGCACUGGGACAGGACUCAGCCCGGAGCUGUUAGCAGCCUGUGAAACCCUGCAGAAGUACCUGGAGAGCCCGGACAUGCUCAUGGACAAGGAGAUGAAGGCCGCCUACACCCUGGUGCUGCAGGACUGGCUGCAGCUGUCCUGCCACAGGGAGGCCGCCCCCGAGGCCGUGGGGGAGCACCUGGCCGCGUACCGCGCCCUCUCGCCCCGGCUGCUGGAGUUCGUCCUCAACAUGGCGGACGGGAACGGGAACACGGCGCUGCACUACACGGUCUCACACUCCAACUUCCCCGUGGUGCAGCGCCUCCUGGAGACCGGCCUGUGCAACGUGGACAAGCAGAACAAAGCGGGCUACACGGCCAUCAUGCUGACGGCGCUGGCCGCCACCCGCUCCGACGACGACAUGGCCACCAUCCGGCAGCUGCUGCAGCUGGGGGACGUCAACGCCAAGGCCAGCCAGGCCGGGCAGACGGCCCUGAUGCUGGCCGUAAGCCACGGGCGGCAAGACAUGGUGCGGGCUCUGCUGGCCUGCGCGGCCGACGUGAACCUGCAGGACGCCGACGGCUCGACGGCCCUGAUGUGCGCCUGCGAACACGGGCACGCCGAGAUCGCCCGCCUGCUGCUGGCCACGCCCGCCUGCCACGUGGGCCUGGCCGACCACGACGGCAGCACGGCCCUGUCCAUCGCACUGGAGGCCGGGCAGAACGACAUCGCCGUCAUGUUGUACGCCCACCUGAACUUCGCCAAGCCGCCCUCCCCGGGAACCCCAAAGCAGCCGAAAGCCGAGACCGCAGCAGCCGUCCUGCCCCCCGAGGCUCAGUAGCGGAGGAGGGACCUGCCGUGUUCCCCCCCCGCCCCCCGAAGACACCGAUCGAGAUGUGGGGGGAGGAAGGGUGUGUGUCGCGAGGGAAUGCCGUCCACCCCAAGCACUGAAACUCGUCCCUCCUGCGGUCGGAGCCAAGCCACUGGAGCCUCUGUCCCAGCCGGAGCUGGGGGGCUGCUUGCUGGUGGGCGUUGGGAUGGAUGUCGGGGGGCAGCAAGGACACGAAACGAAGGAAGCCGGAGACAAGCUCGGCAGCGGAAAUCUGGUAGCUGCGUUUUCUAAGUCUCCACUGGCUUUGGUCCCAUGGGCCCUGCCACGGCUGGUUUGAUAGGCUCCACUCCAGCAGCAGCUGCAUCGCCCCGGCCUGCCUCCGGCAGACACCGGAUUCCCAUCCGGGACCAUUCUUCCACGUCAGCCGGGAGCUCCCCUCCCCUGUCCCCCCAUUGGGCUGGCGAUGGGGGGGGGGGCUCUUUGGUGCAUUGUGGGUACUCCGUCCAUCUUCAGGUGACAGACCCAGACUCCUCCUGUGCAUGUGACCUUGGACAAGUCACAGUCUGUCGCUCCGUGCCUCAGUUUCCCCUCUGGAUUUUUUUCACACUUAAAAAAGCUCGCUCUACUCAGUGUUAUUUCUAUGAUGGAAGCAGCUGGGGCUCUGUUUCUAGAAUCGAUUUUAAAGGGAGCAGAUUUUUAAAAAAAAACUUUCCUAAAAAUGCCAGCCUGGUAAAUUUGCAUGGAUUAAUUACCCUACCUGGCCAGUAGGGGGCAGCACCUCCUCUCUCUAUGUAUCUACCUAUCUCUAUAUAGCUUUUAAUUGCAAUAACAAAACGUUUUUUAGUACCAACCUUCUCCAAAAAGGCCUUUCUCGCCGGCCAAAGGACGGGAAAGACGGUGGAACCGAAGUGUGUGGCAAUCGCUUUUAAAAAGCAACAAAUAGCAAAGGAAACAUUCCUAUUUUUAUAUCAAAUCUAUAUAUUAAUAUACGCCAGGAAAACCCCGACCGCUCGAAGUGAUUUAGGGCCUAGGCGGACGCAGCCAGCCGGCGUGGAAAGCGGAUCCAGUUGGGCUUUUAGGGUGAUGUCUUAUUCCCCCCCCCAACAUUUGGGGCUUGGGUCAAAGCCGCGGUACAAAUCUGUCUUUUUUUUUUUAGUUUUUGUUUGCUGUCUGACCCCCCCCCAGCCAUGUUUAUGAACAUUGUAUAAUUCCCCUCCCCCCGCACACUGGGGCAGUAUCCGGGGGCGGGGGCCGGUGAGCUCAGCACUCGGUUUAUACCUGGGGGGGGGCUGUUUAGUCGCACAUACCAAGAGGUGUAUUCGCUGAUGUCAGUAUUACCUUCAUCCCAUUUGUAACCUGUUAAAAAUAAAGCUAUUGGAAAAACGA